AUGAAGAACAAUGAACAUGCAACAAGUGAGAGGAUUCUCCGUGAGAAGAAAAAGAUCUAUUGUGUUGGCACAGUGCGAAAGAACCAGCUCGCAGGUUUGGCACUCCUUGAUGACAAAGCCAUGAAGGCCAAAGGAAAGGGGACAUACCAGCAGAAGACAGCCACUCAUGAUGGGGUGAACCUGUGGGCCAUCAAGUGGUUUGACAAACGUCCGAUCCAAGUGGCCUCCUGUUUGUGCAUGGAGAGCAAAGUGUUGAACAAAAGAAAGGGGAGACCUCCUCCAGCUGUUGUCCUGGAGCACAAGAAAAAUCAUCGCUACAGCUUUGUGCCACCUGAUCCAGACAUCACAGGGCCUUGCAAAGAAGCAUGUGAGCCGCAGCAGUACAGCGACAUAGCCGUCAAGCACUGGUUUGUGUGUACUUGUCUGGUUGUAGAGGUGCGCGGGACUGAGAGUCCCCUCGCCAAAAGACCUGCCCUUGAUGCUUGGUUUUGGCAGGAGUCCGCCAUGAAACAACACCAGAAUGAGCGCAAAACCAAGAUGAAGACAAAUCAGCUAGAAGACCCUCAAGCCCAGAAUAGGCCUCAGAGCGCCUGUCAGCAAGAGCUGAACAAGGUCUUAGAGGAGAUCUCCAAAAUGACCUCUGAGGAUAACAGAGGCCCGCUGGAGAACCUGUAUGGGCUCAAAUUUCCAAACUGUGACAAACAUGGACUGUACAACCCCAAACAGUGCAACAUGUCCACCCACGGCCAGCGGGGUGAGUGCUGGUGCGUUGACCCCUUAACCGGGGUCCAGAUUCCAGCGACGCCUAAAGUAAGAGGGGAUCCCAACUGUAACCAGUUUCAGGAGAAGCUCAGAGCGAUGCCCACCGAAGCUACGCCUCACUUGCACUGACCAGAACAUCUGACGACGGGGUGGGGCUUUCUUCAAGAUUCAAAAUCUGGAAGGAUUUUUCCAUCAGUAGGCUUAUUCUAACAACAUGUAAAGACAUCCCUAUAUUUGAAGGCUUUGACUCUUAUAAUUGACACUCUGUUUAAAGUUAAAACUAUUGUCCACAAAUCCCACAAAAAAACUUCUCUAGCUUGUUUUUUUUAGU